UCACUGCCCCGUUUGAUGCUCCGGCCACAAGGCUCCCGAAUACUGCUAUCAUCGCGGCUACCCGCCGGCCGCUCACUGCAGCACCACCCUCUAUCCUCCGCAGCGCCGCUGCCACUGUUGCUACUGUCGCAGGGGCCACAACGGGGGCCACCCGCACUGCCGCUACCGGCAUCGCUGUCUCUGUCGCCAUCGCUGUCCAGAGGGCCAGGCCGGGCCAAUCAUAUGUCGCACCUGGCCACACGUCGCCCUGGAGCCAGGCCCAGCCUGACCCAGCAGAAUACCCCGCCCCCUCCAUCCACCACCUCUUCCUCUUCUUCGACUCUUGAAACUUCUUCUCGUCGAACUGCCCAGCUCGCUCGACACUUUACUUCUUCUCCAUCAAGCGCUUCCGCACCAAAGCAGAACAAGAUGGCCUCUCCCUACACCGUCCGCAAGGUUGCGGCUCCCAACACCCUCGAGCACCGCGUCUACAUCGAGCAGGAUGGCCAGCCCAUCUCUCCCUUCCACGAUAUCCCCCUCUACGCCAACCAGGAGCAGACCAUCCUGAACAUGGUUGUUGAGAUUCCUCGAUGGACCAAUGCCAAGCUCGAGAUCUCCAAGGAGGAGCUCCUCAACCCCAUCAAGCAGGACAUCAAGAAGGGCAAGCUUCGAUACGUCCGAAACUGCUUCCCCCACAAGGGUUACCUCUGGAACUACGGUGCCUUCCCCCAGACCUGGGAGGACCCCAACUCCAUCCACCCCGAGACCAAGGCCAAGGGUGACAACGAUCCUCUCGAUGUCUGCGAGAUCGGCGAGCUCGUCGGCUACACUGGCCAGGUCAAGCAGGUCAAGGUCCUCGGUGUCAUGGCCCUUCUCGACGAGGAGGAGACUGACUGGAAGGUCAUUGUCAUUGACAUCAACGACCCUCUUGCUGCCAAGCUGAACGACGUUGAGGACGUCGAGCGACACCUGCCCGGUCUCCUCCGUGCCACCAACGAGUGGUUCCGUAUCUACAAGAUCCCCGAUGGCAAGCCUGAGAACCAGUUUGCCUUCACUGGCGAGUGCAAGAACAAGAGCUACGCUCUUGAUGUUGUCCGCGAGUGCGCCGAGGCCUGGGACCGCCUCAUCACUGGCAAGACUGCCCCUGGUGGCGUCUCUACCACCAACGUCACUGUCCAGCAGUCUCCUUCCCGCGUUUCUCCUGACCAGCUGCCUCCUCUGCCCCCCAACGAGGAGAUUCCCGCCGAGAAGAUUGACAGCUCCAUUGACAAGUGGUUCUUCAUCAGCGGUGCCUCCGCUUAA